AUGUGCGAGUUCCCCAAGUCCGACGGGCCCUCGCGGAGGCCUCCCCCGUCAUCCUCCCCCCCAGGCACCCCCAAGACGAGGCCAUUCAGUGCAAGGGCCACCUUGUACCGAUUUCAUAUCAAUGCUCGCUAUCAUCAACUUGCGCACGUGCAGGUUCGCCACGAGAGCCGAGAGCAAAACCACCCUCGGGCGCCACCACGCGCCAGCUGCGACCCAUUCAGGGUCGGCCGGGCCAUCAUGCUCUUGUCUAUUGUCAAGCUCUGCUCCUGCGAACUCUCGAUGGUCCGUGCCGUCUCGGAAGAUGCAGAGAUGGCAUGGUUGGCGGGUGGCCGAUCCUUCCGACACGAACCGCAGUGUGCCUCUGCGCGUGCCGAUGAGCGGCUGAUGAGAGAGGUGACUGUCAAGACUACUUGA